AUGCCAUUACGAAAGGACAAUCCUAUUUUAUCUCCAGUUAAUGGGUUUCUCGUAGACUUGCCCUCUCCUUCAAAUAUAAGUUAUUUUUGAAAUUUUGGGUCUUUAUUAGGACUGUGUUUAGUUUUACAAAUUAUAACAGGGUGUUUUUUGUCGAUGCAUUAUUGUUCAGAUGCGUGUCUUGCGUUUGCUUCUAUUGGGCACAUAAUGCGCGAUGUUAAUUAUGGGUUUUUAUUAAGAUAUUUACAUGCAAAUGGGGCUUCUUUGUUUUUUUUUUGUCUUUAUAUUCAUAUUGGACGAGGGUUAUAUUACGGGGGGUAUUUGAGAUUUCAUGUUUGGAGUGUUGGAGUUUUGCUUUUUUUAUUGACUAUGGCGACCGCUUUUAUGGGUUAUGUUUUGCCUUGGGGCCAAAUGUCUUUUUGGGGGGCGACUGUUAUUACGAAUUUAUUAUCUGCAAUACCCUAUUUUGGGGUGGAUAUUGUUCAAUGGGUUUGAGGUGGCUUUAGUGUUUCUGGGGCUACAUUAAAUCGGUUUUUUAGUUUGCAUUUCUUGCUUCCUUUUAUUUUGGCCUUUCUUGCUAUUAUUCAUUUAGUUUAUUUACAUGUUGAUGGGUCAAAUAAUCCUGUCGGCUUAAACUCUUCGAUGGACAGUGUUUCUUUUCAUACUUUUUAUACUUCGAAAGAUCUUUUUGGCUUCUUUUUUUUAUUUUUUUUAUUUUUUUUUUUUGUUUUUUUUUGGCCUAAUUUCUUAGGAGACGCAGAGAAUUUUAUUCAGGCGAAUUCUUUAGUUACUCCUGUUCACAUUCAACCCGAGUGGUACUUUUUAUUUGCUUAUGCCAUUUUGCGUUCAAUACCAAAUAAAUUGGGGGGGGUUGUUGCUAUGUUUUGUAGUAUUUUAAUUUUAUUUUUUUUACCCCUUUUACAUAAAAGUGUUUUAAAAGGACUGUCUUUUCGUCCUUUGGGACGAAUGGCGUUUUGGUUUUUGAUAGUUAAUUUUGGUCUUUUGACUUGAAUUGGGGCGCAAGUAGUUGAAGAGCCCUUUAUUUUAAUUGGGCAAGUUCUUUCUUUUUUUUAUUUUUUUUAUUUUUUAGUUCUUGUGCCUGUAUUGGGUGUUUUAGAAAAUCAAUUAUUAAAAAGAAAUUAA